AUGCCGAAAGCUGCUGCUGCUGCUGAUGCAGCUGCCUCCUCAUCAUCGACGGUGAAGCGGCGCUAUGCGGCCAAAGUGGAGAAAGGCGAAAACGCGUGGCGCCGCGAGUGGUCAGGCUUUAUGUCCGGUGUGAGUCUCAAGGAGCUGCGGAAGGGCGGCGGCGUCGUUCUCCCAAAGGCCGCAGACUUGGAGGCGGCGGUGGAGACGGCCGAGGGCGAUGGCGGGGGCUGCAACUAUGCGUACCUGUUUGCGUCCCCUACGGAGAAGAAAGCGGAGCGUCUCGCCAAGCAGAGAGCGGAGGAUGAGAAGCGGAAGCAGCGCGCCCUUCAAACACAGCAGGCGAAGGACCCACUGGCGCACUUGAGCAAACAUGAGCGGGCGCUGUGGGAGGCGCAGCAUCGCGGUCUGAAGGUAGACGGCAUGACGCGGAAGGAGGUGAGACAGUUCCUACACCUCACCGUCUCGAAGGAGCAGGAGGAGGCGGAGCGGCACCAGGAAGAAUUCCGCCCGCACGAGCUCAUGGACGCGAAGCUGCAGUGGUACCAGCAGGGCCCUCACCCGAUCGACAUCAUCGCUGAGAAGCUCGUCACACGUAAGGCGGCAAAGAAAGGAAAGCAGCUGGGGCUGCGGUAUAACUACCUGAUGCCACACCCUUCGUGGCUCGCAAGACGGGAGCAGCGGCGUCGUGAGCGUGUUUUGGUUGGCCUGGGCCGCCGUUACGUAUUCGAUGAUGAUGGACGCAUGCGGGACGUUUUCGGCGCGCCGGCGGGCAUUGCGCCUCCGGCUGAACACAUGACUCAUAGCAGCAGUGACAGCAGCAAGGUCACGGAGGCGGUAGGGGAUAAAGAAGACGCAGAAGGAGGUGUACAGAUAGGAGCAGCGCAGCGAGAAGAGAAUUUUGGCAUACCGUCCAUCACGGCGGCACCGAUAAUAGGCUCCGACGUUCUUCUAGACCCGCGACAGGCAUGCACGUCUUUUGUGCGCGCUGUAGUUCGGGACCGCAAGGUGGCCGCUGCCAUUAAAACGGCGAACAUCACCACUUCGUACAUCAGCAGCUCACUUGUGAUGGGACCGAGCAUUGGUGUAGAGGAAGAAGGCGCUGCUCCUUCUGCUGCUGCAUUGCCGAAGCGAGGACGAGAAGCCCAUGUUCAGCGAGCGAAGACCGCACAGAGGCGACCACGGACAGCGUCAUUCGAACCGUAG